AUGCAAUAUUUGAUAAAGAACGAUACAAAGUAUGAUAAAUAUUUUCCGGGACGAAUUAAGUCACAAUUCGAUCAUUUAAAACCUAUGGAUGAACCGACAGAAAUCUAUGAGCAACUUAAUUUGUGUAUUUUUCCCGAGAGAUUUUGUUUGGAACCAAGAGGACGAGACGGUGGUUCAGUUUCGAAUACGUAUUUAGAAAUUGAUCGUAAUACAGAGAAGCUGGGUUUGAUAAAAAAUAUCGAGAAACCAAUCCUUAUACAUGAUGCUGAAGUGAAAGUUAUUCAUGGAAUUGUUGGUAUUGUUAGAAUAGUAUCAGGAAAUGCUUUGAUAACUAUAACAAAGGCUAAUCUCAAAGGUGUUUUAAGUGGUCAUGAAAUAUGGGUAAUAACUGAAACAGAAAUUAUACCGUAUGAGAAGACAACAUUACAUCUAACAGAAAAACAGAUUUGGUACAAUCGGCAUUUUACUGAUAUGAUCCAACUUGUAUUGUCAACUGGUGGAUUUUAUUUCUCUCGCACUUACGAUUUGUCACAUUCAGCACAAUGGUUAGCAGAAAAUGCUACACCACUCUUCAAAAGACUUCCAAUGAUGGGUCGAUCGGAUGAACGUUUUGUGUGGAAUCGAUAUUUGUCAGCUCCACUUGCAGCUGUUCCCGAAUUAUUUCGAUAUGUACUUCCUAUAAUACAUGGCUUUUUUGAUAUCAGUCGUUGUAUUGUUAAUGGACAUGUCUUCCAACUUUGUCUUAUAUCUCGGAGAUCUAUAUACAGAGCUGGUACAAGGUUUUAUAUGCGUGGCGUUAGUGCUAAUGGACAUUCGGCAAACUAUGUAGAAACUGAGCAAUUAGUGGAAUACAAUAAAGAUAGGAACUCGAAACAAAAAUAUUUGACAUCAUUCGUGCAGGUAAUCGUAAAUCUGGUAAAUCAAAAAGGGCGUGAAAAGCGUGUUGGUGGCGAGCUUGAUCGAAUUGUUAUACGCACAAAUUUAGAUUUCGUCAGACUCAACGCAUUUGAUUUUCAUAAAGAAUGUCGACCAUUAAAUUGGGGUCGAUUGGAUAUACUCAAGAAACAACUUAGAGGCGAAAUUACAGAUUUUGGAUUCUUUGCAUCUUUUACAAACUCUGUGGGACAAGUAUACAAGCAGAAAGGAUUUUUUCGUACUAAUUGCAUGGAUUGUUUGGAUAGAACUAAUGUAGUUCAGUCAAUGUUGGCCAAGGAAUCACUGAAAGAUCAGCUCUGUUAUAUGAAGAUCAUCGGUAAUGGCUUUGAAGUGGACAGUUAUCCGGAAUUAUCUGCUACUUUCAAAAGAAUUUGGGCCGAUAAUGGCGAUGAAUGUAGUCGUCAGUAUGCAGGAACUGGAGCAUUGAAGGCUGAUUAUACGCGUUUUGGUAAGCGAACUUUUUCCGGAGCGUGGAACGAUUGCGUAAAUGCCUUCACACGUUAUUUUCGAAACAAUUUUGCAGAUGGUUACAGACAGGAUGCAAUCAACCUUUUUCUUGGUAAUUUUCGAGUUGAUCCAAAUAAUUUGCCAGAAACUUUCGAAACUACAGUGCUCAGUUUUGAUUAUCAUGGUGGUGCCAUUGUCGGUGCAAUUUUUGCAGCUGCAAUGAUUAUUCUUUGCAUGUUGGUAGCAGAAAAUAUGACAGCAGCCGUAUUUUGGCUUGCAAUUUUCAUGGCACUGAUGCUGUUCAUAUUUAUCAAUGGUGAAGAGUUUGUAAAUAAACCUCGAUUGAAAAUGGAUUAA